GAGCAGAGAGGCGUGGAUCUCAGAGGCAGUCUAUAAAGAAGAAAGCUCUACUUUUUGAACUGUCGAAACUUUCCCCCGCGCGGAAGUAUAACCUUUGUGAAGCCUCUGUGCAACAGGUGUCACUUUUUCUCUAUGGUCGUUGUGUGAAACGCUCAACUUGUUCGGCUUGUGGGUGAAAGAAAAAAAGCAAAAAAUGUCUCAACUUAGACCCAGGCUUUGCGUGUUGGAGAAAGGGACCAAAGGUUACGGCUUCCACCUGCACGGAGAGAAGGGCAAAACCGGGCAGUUCAUCCGGCUCGUUGAGGAUGACUCCCCCGCCUCCAGAGCCGGGCUGCUCGCCAAAGACCGGCUGAUGUUCGUGAACGGGGAGAACGUGGAGGGAGAAAGCCAUCAGCAGGUGGUGGCGAGGAUACGAGCCACGGUCGGGGCUCUGGAGCUUAUCGUGGUGGACCCCGAAACGGCAGAGCUGCUGAGCAAACACAGCCUGCAGUGCCGGAAAGAGUACGUGACGGAGGGGAUUCCCCUGCCCGGAGGGGACAGCGACUCGGAGCGCGAGGACAGACGGAGCAACGGCAGCCCUGUCCCGCGCGAGAACGGGGACAGGUCCUCUGUGAGGUCAGGGAGCGUCAGCUCCAGCACCAAGGUGGAGAGGGACGGGCCGCGGCCUCGGCUCUGUCACAUGAGGAAGGGGUCCAGCGGCUAUGGCUUCAACCUGCACAGCGAGAAGAACAAGCCAGGACAGUACAUCCGAGCCGUGGACGAUGACUCCCCGGCGCAGAGAGCAGGCCUCCGACCGCAGGACAAGAUCCUCGAGGUCAACGGGAAGUCAGUGGUUGGGUUGCAUCACUCAGAGGUGGUGGCGGCAAUCAAAGCCGGCGGAAACGAAACCAGGCUGCUGGUGGUCGAUGCCGAAGCCGAGGAAUUCUUCAUUAGGUGCAACAUCGAGCCCACCGAGGAUUACAUCAGAGGACCACUUCCUGAGCCCGGGUCAGAGAGAGGAUCCGACGAGGAGGUAGCAUCACAGUUGAAGCAUACGCUGUCAGUGAGCUCCCACGCUUCCAGUGCCUCAUCCAACGCCUCCCAGCCAGCAGCAGAACGCAGCUCACCGCCUCCACGGGUUGAGAGGAGCCCGGAGCCGGAGUCGUCCCCUACCGAUGACGGCCUGGGCCUCAGCAUGUCUCUGGCUCAGGCCAGAGAACGGGCCCGUCAGAAGAGAGCCUCUAAGAAAGCCCCGCCAAUGGACUGGAGCAAGAGGAACGAACUGUUCAGCAACUUAUAAAAAUCACCACCUCCAUGGGGCUCUGUGCUGCCCUCUAGUGGAGAGUUCAGAGACAAUCAGCCUCUCAUUCCGUGUGCGUCUGCUGCAGACAUGAACGCAACACAUCUUAAACCCACUUUUAACAGUAUUACGUCAUGAUUUUAUUGUUUUAAUUUAGAGAUUUGCCACUUUUGUUUCUUUCUUUCAUGUUUUAAUGACUGCUGGACUGCCAGCAUUUCACACAGAGAUGAAUGUUUAUAUAUUAAGGAGAGAAAGUAGUUCCGUCCUGUUUCUCAUGAUGAGGAGCGUGUCGGGGAAAAGUAAUUCUUGGCAGAUUCUGCAUCGAAAGUGAAUCAACAAACAUUUCCUCCAGUCGGUAACUACUGGGACCUUUUUGUUUUAUGUUCUGAUGUCUGAUUCCGAGAUAGGAGAUUAUUAUUGUUGUUUUUGAUAAGCAUGUAAAUACACGGAGCGGAUUGAGAGGACGUUUUAGCUGGACUGACGAAGUAAAAGUCUGGAACAUUCCUGUGAAUUCUGUUGAUUCUGCUGAAAUCAUUUCUGUUUUUAACAAAAAAACCAAACUAUUCUGAUGUUUCUGUGACGUAGAAUGUAAUAAUGAAAAAUAUAGCAUUUGGAU